GGCUGCCACGGUGCUCACUGGGUAGUGUCCCUAGCUACUGUUGCUAAGACUGUGGGUCGCCUGAGGUGGUGGGAGUUAGUUUUGGCAGCCCGUGCCUGAGAGACGUCGAGGGUCAUUGCAGAGCCAGGGAGGAGAUGGUGAAGCAGACGAUCCAGAUAUUCGCGAGGGUGAAACCCCCUGUCCGGAAGCACCAACAAGGGAUUUACUCCAUAGACCAAGAUGAAAAAUUAAUACCUAGCUUGGAAAUUAUUGUACCACGUGAUUUGGCAGAUGGGUUUGUGAAUAAUAAGCGAGAAAGCUACAAAUUUAAAUUUCAAGGAAUUUUUGAUCAGGAUGCAAACCAAGAGAUCAUUUUUGAACACAUUGCCAAACCAGUUGCUGAGAGUUUCCUGGCAGGUUACAAUGGUACCAUCUUUGCAUAUGGGCAAACGGGUAGCGGGAAGACGUUCACUAUCACAGGGGGUGCAGAGCGUUACAGUGACCGAGGCAUUAUCCCAAGGACACUGUCAUACAUUUUUGAACAGUUACAAAAGGACAGCAGCAAAAUAUAUACAACGCACAUUUCCUAUUUGGAAAUCUACAAUGAAUGUGGUCAUGAUCUUUUGGAUCCAAGACAUGAAGCCUCCAGUUUGGAAGAUUUGCCGAAAGUGACAAUAUUGGAGGACCCUGAUCAGAACAUUCACCUGAAAAACUUAUCUCUUCAUCAGGCAACCACAGAGGAAGAAGCUCUGAAUUUGCUCUUUUUAGGAGACACCAACCGAAUGAUUGCAGAGACUCCUAUGAACCAAGCUUCAACCCGUUCCCACUGCAUUUUCACUGUUCAUUUGUCAAGCAAGGAACCAGGAUCUGCAACUGUACGACAUGCCAAACUUCAUUUGGUUGACCUGGCUGGUUCAGAGCGAGUCGCAAAGACUGGAGUAGGGGGCCUUCUUCUAACAGAGGCCAAGUAUAUCAACUUGUCACUACAUUACUUAGAGCAGGUUAUCAUCGCUCUUUCAGAAAAGCAUCGUUCACACAUUCCUUAUAGAAACUCCAUGAUGACCAGUGUCCUAAGAGACAGUUUGGGAGGGAACUGCAUGACAACUAUGAUUGCAACACUCUCUUUAGAGAAAAGGAAUCUUGAUGAGUCUAUAUCUACCUGCAGAUUUGCACAGCGAGUGGCACUCAUAAAGAAUGAAGCUGUUCUCAAUGAAGAAAUUGAUCCUAGAUUGGUAAUUAAACACCUACAAAAGGAAAUCCAGGAACUGAAGGAUGAACUGGCCAUGGUCACUGGGGAGCCAAGGACAGAGGCACUCACAGAAGCAGAGCUCCUUCAGCUGGAAAAACUAAUAACAUCCUUUCUGGAAGACCAGGAUCCAGAGAGCAGAUUAGAGGUUGGCGCUGAUAUGCGUAAAAUUCAUCACUGUUUUCAUCAUUUAAAGAAACUAUUGAAUGACAAGAAGAUCCUUGGAAACAAUACAGUCUCCUCUGAAAGCAAAGACCAAGACUGCCAAGAACCAUUAAAAGAGGAAGAAUAUAGAAAGCUACAAGAUAUUCUAAAGCAGAGAGAUAAUGAAAUCAAUAUCCUGGUCAACAUGUUAAAAAAAGAAAAGAAGAAAGUUCAGGAGGCUCUCUACUUGCCUGCCAAGGGUAGGCAUGAAUUCAGACACUCUCAGAGCCCACCCUUCCCCCUGGGAAACCCAGAAGGCGGCCAAAGAAUGCUACUAUCCUCAGCUCCCUCGCAGGCCCAGGACUUCAGCACUUUGGGGUACAGAUCCAGUUUGCUCCACAAGAAAACAGGAAUGAGAGAGGAAAUGUCAUUAGGACGCCAGGAGGCCUUUGAAAUCUUCAAGAGGGACCACGCUGACAGCGUUACCAUCGAUGACAACAAGCAGAUUCUGAAACAGAGGUUUUCUGAAGCCAAGGCCCUGGGAGAAAGUAUAAAUGAAGCAAGAAGUAAAAUUGGUCACCUGAAGGAAGAAAUUGCCCAGCGGCAUAUACAGCAGGUAGCUCUAGGAAUCUCGGAAAACAUGGCCGUGCCUCCCACGCCAGACCAGCAGGAGGAGAAGCUGCGAUCACAACUGGAGGAAGAAAAGAGAAGGUAUAAAACAAUGUUCACUCGCCUGAAAGCCCUGAAGGUGGAGAUCGAGCACUUGCAGCUGCUCAUGGACAAAGCCAAGGUGAAGCUACAGAAAGAGUUUGAAGUCUGGUGGGCAGAGGAGGCCACCAACCUGCAGGUAAAUUCUCCAGCAGUGAAUUCACUCGAUCACAAGAAGCCGUUUCUCCAGACAUCUGACACCCAGAGUGAACUGUCCCAACUCCUCUCUAACAAAAGUUCUGGAGGCUGGGAAGUCCAAGGUCAAGGCGCUGGCAGAUUCGAUGCCUGUGAUGUGAAUGCCAGAAAAAUCCUGCCCUCGCCUUGCCGUAGUCCACACAGCCAGAAACAGAGCAGCAUCAGCACCCCCCUGGAAGACAGCAUCCCUGAGAGGCCAGUGUUGUCCAUCCCUCUCACCGGAGACAGCCAGACAGACUCGGACAUCCUGGCCUUCAUCAAGGCCAGACAGAGCAUUCUGCAGAAGAAAUAUCUUCAGCUCCUUUGUUCUCUGUCCCCAAAGCCAGCUGUCUCCUCUGCUCAGCCUUCUACAAACAGGAAGGGGCUGAGUGAUGGUUGGGUAACUUGCUGAACCCGUGGCUUAAAGUCUCACUUCCCUGUUAGAGUGUGUUCUUGCCCAAGAGCUGUGAGUGUAAACACCACUUGAAGGCCCAGACCUGAAGACGCCAUAAUAAUCACAGAGGAGGUAUGUGCGGUGUGUCAGACAGUAGGAAGAGAAGAAGGCCCUUCCCGGCCUCGUCACUGCCCCCACCCCGGCCCAUCCUCUUGGCAGCUGCCCGUCUCCCGCCUGCUGUGGAUGGGCCUUUUCUCUUUCUGCCUUCCAUCCCUACACACCACAGGACAAGCCCCAGGGCCCCUUAUGCAGGCCUGUGUUGUGUCUUAGCCUCUUCCCGAUAGCCCAAAGGCUAUUAGGCAGGCUUAACGUUGCCUCCACAUUGCCAGAAAGGCGCCCCUCCAUGGCGGUAUGGUCCAGCAGAUUGGAUGUCUGUAUAAUGACUGAUGCCUGCCCUCUGGGGCCUGCACUCAGCUUCUCCACCAACUGUGUGCUGUUUGGGCAGGAAGAGGCUUAUGCAUGGAUGGAGUACUGCCACUGAGAGCCGUCCUUGGUCCUGCUGUCCUCGCUUCACUAGGCCACCAGCCUCUCACUGUCCUCUCUCCCCCACCAGGACUAAAAACUGUCAGGUCCUUUCUUAGGCUGGCGACAGCCCCGCUCUGCUGUGAUAGCUUAACUCUCUCUCAUCUCAGUUUCCUUGUCUAAACAAGAAAACUGGAUUCGGUUAUCUCCAGAGCCCCAUCUAUACCCCAAAUACUCUGAUGAAAUGUAUCAGGCACUGAACAGAAAUGAACAGCUGAUCAGUAAGCAAACACUGUAUGCAUUGGGUGCCUUCUUAGGCCAGGCACGACUACCGGUGCUUGGGCUGCAGCAGAGAGCAAGGCGUAGCCCAGCACGUGAGAAACUGACAGUCUGGGGAGAGGAAGGAGACAGACAAUGAACACAUCAACGAGUAAGGUCAUGUGAGGGACUAAUCAGUGCUAUGAAAUAGCUAAACUAUGUAAUGUAGACAGUAACUGGGAACACUGCUUUUAGCUGGGUAGGUGGGGGAGGCCUCUCUGGAGAAGAGAACUUUAAACUGGCAGCUGCAUCAUGAGAACAGAGCAGCCCCGCCACGUUCUGGGAAUGCACAGUGCUAGCAGACAGAGCAGAAAGCAAAAAGCCUGAAGGGGAAGGAGCUUUGUUUGGCCACGGGGUGGGAAGGAGGCCAGAGUGGCUGGAGGGCAGGAAGCAAGAGCACAAAGGCCAGGUCACGCCAGCCUUAUGCAUAAGGGAACGAGAUUUGGAUUUUAUCCUGGGUACGGUGAAAAUGCACUGAAGAAUUUUAACCAUGGAGUGGUACGAUGUGAUUGGUGCUUUAAAAAGCUCACUUUGUCUGUCAUAUGUAGUGUAGAGUGCAGAGGCCAAGAGCAGACCAGUUACCAGGCUGCCAUGAAAGUGCCAGCAAGGGGUGAGAAUGGCCUGGACUCACCAGCAGACUGAAUGUGAGACGCAAGAGGAAGAGGAGAGUCGGCGCGCCUGGGCUUUUGAUCUGAGCAGCUAAGAGAAUGGCAGCACCAUUUACUGAAAUGAGAAAGGCAGGGCGGCCUGGCUGUCAAAGGCAAGGAGCUGGAGGGAUGGAGAGUUCUGGCUGCCCCAUUUGAAGUUUCAGAUGACAUCUGACAUCCAAGAGGAGGUGUUGAGUGGACAGCUGAGCGUGAGUGGAACUCAGAAAGUCUGAGCUAGAAAAAGAAAUAUGCAAGCCGUCACGUCUGGAUGGUGUCUGAAGCCACAGGACGGAGUGCAGAGUCCUCUGAAGAGCAGAGAUGGGGGUAUUCCAGUUGCUGAGAACAGCCCCCUGGGGCUCUCCAACCGUUUCAGACAGAGAGAGGAAUCUGAGACGCUAAGAAGGCACCACCAGGGCGCGAGAAGGACCAGCAGAUGAGUGGGUAUGGCCUCAGGCACAAGCUGGAGAACUGCAAGCUCCAAGGAGACACAGGCCAGUAGAGUCCAGUGCUGCUGAGAGGCUGUGUGGCAGGAUGGAAUGCUGACCACUGGCCACUUUGCAUGUCAGGGUGGCCUUGGACAAGCGCCAUUUAGGCAGGGGACGAAGUGGCCAGGAGGAGGAUGGAAGGGAAAGAAGCUGAGGCAGUGAGCAGGCACAGCUCCUCCAGGGGGUUGAGCUGUGACAGGAGCAGAGAACUGGGGCUGGAGCUAAGGGAAACAGGAGCCCAAGGGAUGCUUUGUGUGUUCUACAGGGGUCCUGUUAAGACAUGCUCACGUGCUGAAACAUACAAAGAGAGGGAAAUUGAUGCUGCGGUGGGAGAGGGGGGCAGAGCUGCAGGAAAAACUUCCUUGAGAAAGUAGGGGGGACGGUGCCGGGGCAUAAGUGGAGGAGGGCUUAGAUACGCAGGAUAUCCUUUGGAGCUAGGCUGUCCCUUUCCCCGUAACAAAUCCAAAGAAACCAACCAUCAUUCCUCCCCUCAAAAACCUGCAAGCAAGCAAUAUCUUUAUGUUCAGUUCACUAAGCUUUUCUGCAUAUAAGAGAGCUGUGAUCAUCCAACUCUCUCCGAACAGAAGAGGCAGAAGUCCAGGUCCCUGUCAGAGUGGCGUUCUCCUGCUAACACCGUCCCAGGCAGUGCAGAGAGCUGGAUUGAAGGGCACUUGUUUAUUUUAAUAAAAGGGCACUUUUAUUAAAAUAUGUAUGGCAAAUUACUAGUUAUAAAUGCUUUCAUUUCUAUUCGUUCCUUUGAUGCUCUUAGCACUCCUGUAAGGCACACAGCGCCAAGAUUACGAUCCCCCUGGUGACAGGUGAGGAAACUGAGGCACACAGAGGUUGAAUCACUUGCCCAAGGUUACACAGCUGAUAAAUGUCAGAGCCAGCGUAACCGAGGUUUUCCGCUGUCUCCCCACUGGGCCAAACUGUCUUGAAAAGCUGCAACGACCAAGAUAUGCCCACUGUGCUGUCAGGAGUUCUCGCAGCCUCAGGAACAGGAACCAGCAGUGACAGGAGGAGAGUGACCGCAGCCUCUAACCGCCCUGCAGCCGGGGAGCUUCGCUCUGCAAACAAACAGCAGCCUGGGAGUAAUUCAUCAAAGCAAAUGAAACUUCCACGGCUCCGUUUUCAUUCUGAAAGGAAGACUAUUAACUCUGGCUUUUCAGUGACCACGGGGCCACAAAGGAAGCCAAAGACAGGUUGACUCGGGGUCCCUCUGCCACCAGGCCCAAAAGGACCAGCAGGUGUGACCUCUGGGGACAUACAGCAGAUGGUUCUGGUCCCACCAUGCAGCACUUAAUAUUCAGCACGCUUAUCAGGCCACCCAGGCAAACACGCAGGCUGGGGCCCAGGCACCUUCCCAGCCAAAGCAAACACCUCCCUCUCCCUGCCUGGGCUCUCGAAUCUUAAUUUAGCGCACAGCGUUGCCUUGGCUUCUUCAGGAGUGCUCAUUAAGGGGAAUUUGUGGCUGUCGGCUCGGGAGCAGGAGCCCAGAGAGGGCAAUUUAACAUAAGCCUCGCCACCUCUUAAGACUUCACCAGGGGCCAGGAUGAAUCUACUUGAUUUAGGGUUUGUGGAACAGCGUGGAACGUUUAAAUCCCUGCCAGGGGCACGUGUGAACAGGUAUAUAACCCCCGUAAGGGGCAUCAGUCAUCUAUGGAGUCAGCUCUGCCGUUUCCAACUGCGAAGGACAGUUUUUACGUCUGAAGAAAUAAAGUUAACCCCUUUCUAGAGGGCCUUUUUGUGUUUAAUCUUGCUUAAUCCCUAAGUUUGGAAGUAUUUCCAUCCGGAAAGGAACCUUGGUGUGACCCUCAUAGCCAUGAGUCUGUCUUCUCCAACAGGUGUUAGGAAGAGGUCCUGCCUCUCCCAGCCCCUCCAGCCCCGCUGGGAGAAACUCUCCAGCUCUCUUCUGUGUUCAGAAACUCUCCCGGGGAAAGAGAAAGACCCCCGAACUGGGAGGGAAACGGCCAGAAUUCCAAGGCCGUCUCAGUUCUGUAUGACGUUGGACAGGUCACCUCCCUGAGCCUCCCUCUCACUAUCUGUCAUGUACAAACCCCACCCUUGCCCAGGCUUGAUCCUUCCCAGAUAAUAUCCAUUAAAGCCCCUCAUCCAUGCCCAGGCACCAAGGGAUUAUUAGCAGGGAAGUGGCCUCUGUGGUGAGAGCUCACCCAACACCAUGAGGGGUGAUUUUUUUUUAAUGGCAUAUCUGUACCGUGCCUUCCAUUCUGGGAGCCCAUAGUAAUCAAAAUCCCAGUAUAGACAGAGCUUCAUCACUUAACUGGGGCCGUAAGUGAAUGAGCUGGAAAUGGUGCCUUUUGUGUUGAGGUCUGUGCGUGUGAGGAGCUAUGUCUUGGAGCAGAGCGCUCUCUCAGCCCUAUUCUGUAGCAUUUCUUCCUAGGCCCCACCCCACCCACCCCCAUCAUUACUGCAUGCAAGUGUGUGAGGGGCUCAGAGACCAUCCUGGGUGGGAGAUGGCUGAGACUCCGUGCUCCUCACCACCAGCAGCUUUCACAAUCCUGGCCCAGGCUGCACAUCAGCAAUGCAGCAGGAACUUCAGACCCCAGAGCUCGUCAGCAGCCACAUGCCCACAGGCCCCCAGCUCUUGCCCUGCGGGUUCUUGUACUAGAGAGACAAAAGCAGCAAGUCUCAGACCUGGCCAGGCAUCAGAAUCACCUGGACCCACCCCAGCGAUCCUGACUUAAUGGUUCUGGGCUGUGGUCUGGGCACCAGGAUUUCUAGAGAGGGUCCAGGGAUUUCCACUGUGUAGCAGAGCUGGGAAUCACGAGUCCAGAGUGACUGGACUCCAUCAUGGGCUCUGGUGUACCUUGUCUUCUUACUUCCUGUUUUAAGAUUCAAUUCAGACAGGUCAGAAUGUUUUAAAAAUAAGGACCGUAUUUGUUUAAUUAAACAGCAAGGUCUGCUGGGCAUCAUGGCUCAUGCCUGUAAUCCCAGUACUUAGGGAGGCCAAG